AACUGUACAUAUGGGGUGCUGUAUUAAAGUGCUCCAUAACAAAACAAAACAAAACUCGUCUUGUUGAUUUUGAAUCCUUUGUUUCAAGUUCCACGAAAAUGGCAUUCGUUCUUCAUCACAUUGCUUCUCGCACCCUUCUUCGCUCUCUCCGUUCUUCCAUUCAAACCACAACGAUUCUAUCCUCUUCUGUAUUUCAACAACAACAAGGGUUUUUUGGAAGCUGUGGUGGUUUUGAAUCACCUGAACAGUGUGUAUUGCAACCUCAAGAUGAAGAGAUUGUCGCGCUUCGUCACCAAUUCGAAGCUGCUAAACAAAGUUUUCUCAAGAUUCCUCAUACACUCAAAGAAAUGCCUAAAAUGAAUCCUAAAGGCAUAUAUGUGAAUAAGAACUUGAGAUUGGACCGAUUGCAAGUUUAUGGUUUCGAUUACGAUUACACAUUGGCACAUUACUCUGCAGAUUUGCAGACUUUGAUAUAUGACCUUGCCAAAGAGUUUAUGGUUAACGAGCUUAGGUAUCCGUACAUUUGCAUGAGUUUUAAAUACGAUCCAUCUUUCCCUAUUAGAGGUCUAUACUAUGAUAAGUCAAAAGGGUGCCUCAUGAAGCUGGAUUUCUUUGGUUCAAUUGAGCCCGACGGAUGCUACUUUGGUAGACGCAGGCUGAGCCAAAGCGAAAUACGCGAUGUAUAUGGCACGCGACACAUUGGUCGUGAUCAAGCUCGAUCACUGGUUUGUUUGAUGGAUUUCUUUUGCUUUAGUGAGGCAUGCCUCCUUGCUGAUAUAGUGCAGUACUUCGUGGAUGCUAAACUAGAAUUUGAUGCUUCCUACAUUUAUGAAGAUGUUAUCCGUGCAAUUGAUCAUGUCCACCGAAGUGGCCUAGUUCACAGAGGAAUUCUUUCUGAUCCACAUAAAUACUUGAUGAAAAAUGGAAAGAUUUUAUGUUUUCUCAAGAUGCUAAAGGAGAAGGGAAAAAAGCUUUUCUUGUUGACUAAUUCUCCUUAUUACUUUGUCGAUGGUGGGAUGCGUUUUAUGUUAGAGGAUUCUAUGGAUUGCAGAGACUCUUGGACAGAACUAUUUGAUGUUGUGAUUGCACAGGCCAAUAAACCAAAGUUUUAUACAUCCGAGCAUCCGUUCCGUUGUUAUGAUGCACAGAAGGACGUUUUAACUUUUACCAAGGUUGAUAAAUUUCUUCCAGAUAAAGUUUACUAUCAUGGAUGCCUCAAAUCUUUUCUCCAAAUAACCAAGUGGAAAGGCCCAGAGGUGAUAUAUUUUGGAGAUCAUCUUUUCAGCGACUUGAGAGGACCCUCAAAGGCAGGCUGGCGCACAGCCGCAAUCAUUCAUGAAUUAGAGAAUGAAAUACAAAAGCAAAAUGAAGAUACAUACCGCACUGAGCAGGCAAAGUUUCACAUAAUACAGGAGCUACUUGGUAAGUUGCAUGCGACAACAGCUAAUAGUGUGAGAACUGCAGCUUGCAAAUCACUUCUGGAAGAACUUAAUGAGGAAAGACAAAAAGCACGCAUGAAGAUGAAGAUGAUGUUUAAUGAAUCUUUUGGAGCAACAUUCCUCACUAGCACAGGACAAGAAUCUGCUUUUGCUUAUAACAUUCAUCAGUAUGCAGAUGUUUAUACCAGUAAGCCAGAGAAUUUUCUUCUUCAUUCACCUGAAGCAUGGCUUCAUGUUCCAUUUGAUGUCAAGAUUAUGCCUCAUCAUGUGAAGAUUCCAUCAAGUUUGUUCAAAACUGGAUGAACACUGCUCUAAAUCGCUUCAAACUUUUUCCGUGUCAAUUUUUUGGUUCUAACUUCUAAUAGGACAAUGAUGCGGCAAUUCAAAUGUGCACUUCACUGUGUGAGGUGCAACUGGAAGACACUUGUUGCAGCAGUAACGUACAGUCCAUUGUAUUCUAUUUGCUAACAUAGUCUCUUAUGCAUCACAUUAAAUCAGAAAAGUGAAACGCCUAUACAGACAAAAGUGUAUAUAUCUUCAUGUUAUCAAUGAUUCAUAGAAGUUUUUGCUGUUCUUUUUUGAGAUUACAGCAAAACUUCAUUUUUUUAGAAGAAAUGAAGAGUUGCAUUAUUAAGACUUUGAAUGUAUAAUAAAGAAUUGAUUGUUAUAAAUCUUAGAAAUGUAUGGUUUUAGAGAUUCAAAACUAUGUCACUAACUUGUAAUGAUGGUUAUCAAUAGGCAGCAUGUAUUUGUCGCUC